GCGAGCGUCGGAGAUCCGAGUGCGUCGCAUGGUAAAAGAAAGAACCUUUUUAAACGCGCGUCCGCGUCUCAAUCCCCGGAUUUACAACAACCAACAAAAGUAAACAAAAUCGUGUAAAAAGUUAAGCGUCGAUUUAAAGUUUAAAUAAGUUGUGAUUUAAAAAAGCAUAAAAAAUAAGGGAAGUGCGAAAAAGAUCGAGUUUCUUUUUUCAAAACGGAAUUCGCGGGGCCGCCGAGAACUCCCCAAUGUGCUGCCGGUGCCGUGGUUCUUGGUUCCGUGGGUCCCAGUGCCGCGUUUGGAGGUGAGGCGAUACAUCACCACCAUCAUCCGCCGCCGCCUCCGCCGACGGUUACCACCGUCGCGGCGCUCGGCGGCGCAAAUUCAACAACAAUCACCGGCCCAAAUAUGAAUCAAUUAGGGACGGUAUACGCUACAAAAAGGAGAAGAAGAAAUGGGAAAAGUUUAAAGCCUACUCCAAAGGAUGGUGUCACGAAAAGCAAUCCGAGUAAAAGGCACAGAGAACGACUCAACGCUGAAUUGGAUACGUUGGCCAGUUUGUUACCAUUCGAACAGAACAUUUUAUCGAAAUUGGAUAGAUUGUCCAUUUUGAGGCUGUCAGUUAGUUAUUUACGCACCAAAAGCUACUUCCAAGUCGUUAUGCACAAAGAAAAAGAUGAAAAUGGAUCCCUGCACAGACCAAGGGACUUAACUGCCUUCGACCACACGCCGUUGGACGGUGAAAUGUUCCUUCAGGCUCUAAACGGGUUCCUGAUGAUCCUAACUUGCGAAGGAGAAGUUUUCUUCGCCACUCAUAGUAUUGAGGGUUAUUUAGGGUUUCAUCAGUCCGAUAUUGUCCACCAAUCAGUAUACGAACUCGUCCAUUCCGAGGAUCGAGAAGAACUCCAACGGCAGCUGAUGUGGAACUCGUUUCUUCCACCAGAAUCUGCAAAUAUUGGUCUUCAGGAUGUUUUACUCCCAGAUAAUUGUCAUCUUUUGGAGAGGAGUUUUACCGUUCGAUUUCGAUGUUUGCUGGAUAAUACUUCAGGGUUUUUGAGAUUAGAUAUAAGGGGACGGGUUAAAGUACUUCACGGCCAAAAUAGGAAGUCCGAAGAACCUCCUUUGGCUCUUUUCGCAAUAUGCACUCCUUUCGGGCCACCAUCGUUGUUAGAAAUUCCUCAGAAAGAAGUGAUGUUCAAAAGCAAGCACAAAUUAGAUCUUACUUUAGUCUCAAUGGAUCAAAGAGGAAAAAUGCUUCUUGGAUACUCAGAUUCGGAAUUAGCCAACAUGGGGGGCUACGAUUUGGUGCAUUACGAUGAUCUUGCUUAUGUUGCUAGUGCCCAUCAAGAAUUAUUGAAGACUGGUGCAUCUGGAAUGAUAGCUUAUCGAUACCAAACGAAAGAAGGCCAAUGGCAAUGGUUGCAAACCAGCUCAAGAUUGGUUUAUAAAAAUUCAAAACCCGAUUUUGUAAUUAGUACGCACAGACCUUUAAUGGAGGAAGAAGGUAGAGAUCUUCUUGGUAAACGCACUAUGGAUUUUAAAGUCAGUUAUUUAGACGCUGGUCUUCCAAACAGUUAUUUUUCGGAUACCGACCAGUUGCUGUCGACCACCUCAUCGACGGUUCAACACAAUUUACCUACAACCCCAGCCCGAGUUAAUCGUCGCUAUAAAACCCAAUUAAGAGAUUUUCUAUCAACAUGUCGAACGAAACGCAAAUUAUCGCACGGUUCUUCGAGCGGACAAGUAACUCCACCGUCAAACGCGACCGUUUCCGGUGCGGUAGUCAGCCCAAUGCCAGCUACGGUCGAUUAUAUCGCCACGGAUGGUUGUACAGCUUACAACAUGUACACAACUCCUUAUCCGACGGCGACACCGGAUCAUAGUUUGAGUUAUAUGAGUCACACCAACUUCCAACACAGUUUAUAUCCAUCCCCAACGUUGGAUAACCGAUAUUUAACAACAACCGAAAAUUUAUUCCAAUACAGACCUUUAAGUACGUAUUAUCCAGAGUAUCACACUUCAGCGACAACUCCUUACGUAGGAAAUGGUUUCUUGGAGAUGCCACGAGGCUCAGUUCCAACAUACGAUCCAACAUCAACCAGUGCUAGUCACCACUCAACGUAUAGAACCGCGAUUAUGCCGGUUGAAGAUAAAAUAUACUCAUGCCAACAAGUUGUUGAUGGCAACACAAGUAAAUAUCCAACGUACGUUGAUAGCACAAGAGGUUACGUAGUGGCUAACACCACCACGAAAUGCCUAGACGUAUCUUGGCCGUACUCCGUAAGCCCAUCUUCAGGAAUCAUCCAACCAGUACAAGUGAUGAGCGCCCAAAUCGAUUUAAAAUCAACAUCCUGCGGAAAAAUAAAACAUCCAUCAUCAAUCGAUGGAAUGUCAACCCAUUCAACGUCCCCAGCAAACAGCGGACUUUUAACCCCAAAAAUGGAAGAUGUAAAAGAUUCCCCAAUGCUUCAAAGCAACGAUUCGGUUAUAACAACCCAACAUUAUUCUCCGAUUAAUGUAAACGCCACAGCCACGGUUCAAGAAGUACCAAGACAAACCGUUUUGAUGUGGGGAUCAAACAAUCAUAUUCAACAACAACACUCUUCCCCAAAUAAUCGAUCCCCAAGUAUUGAUUACACUCAACAACAACAACAAGAAACAAAUUGCGAAGCUUUAAAGUCACUAACAGAAAUUAGUAAUCCAGAUAUUUGCAAAUGGAACGGGGAUGCAACUAAAAAUGAGCCAGUUCCGCAAGGAAGUGAUCCGGAUAGUCCGCAUCAACACCAUCCGAAUCACCAUAAUCAUCAUAAUUCGCGGGUGGUUAUGGUACUCUGAUGAUCGGGGUAAAAAGUGGCUCGUUAAAGACCCGCUUUGUACAUAGUUAUAAAUAAUACUUUCGAAAAUUGGUAAAGUGCACAUAAUUUAUUUGUCCAGAGUGAAUUAAUGGAAAAAAACGUGAAGAUUAAAAUUAAAUAUGUAAUAAAUAAAAGGAGUACGUUCACUUUUAGAUAUUAUUAGGUUUUAAUUGAAGUAAAAGUGAUGAUACUUUUUUAAAAUUAAAAAAAAAAUAAAUAAAUUCUUCCUGUAAACUUUCAGUUGUGAGAAAAAAUCUGUCUUCGAAAGAACGUCGAUUGUAGGUUAAUUUUGUACAUUAAUUAAAAGAAAAUUAAAAUUAAAACAAUAUUAGUAAAUUAAACAAAAAAAAAAUAAAA